ACCGCGGGGAACUAUGCCAGGAAUAUGCCUCGUCCUGCUCGAUGCGAGGGAAAUUGGAGGCGGGCGUCUUGGAAGCGAUCAAUCGCCUGGACAAUGCCGCGGCGCCCAGCUCCUCCGAUCGCUACGCCUCGCUCCUCCGGCAAUGUGGCAAGGCGCGGGCGCUCGCGCUGGGCCGGCGCGUCCACGCAGACAUGGCGCGAUGGGGCGUUGGGCAGGGCCCUUUUCUCGCGAAUUUCCUCAUCCAGAUGUAUGGAAGCUGCGGCAGCAUCGAGGAGGCGUGCGCAGUGUUCGAGAGAAUGCCGCACAAGGAGCCACACACCUGGAACUUCAUGAUCCAGGCAUAUGCCCAGAACGGGCAUCCACAACAGUCGUGGAAAACUUUCCAUGCAAUGCAAGGGCGAGGGAUUGUGUCGUGGAAUCUGCUUAUCGCCGCGCUUAUCAAGAACAAUCUUGUUCACGAAGCAAGACAGACGCUUGAUCGCAUGCCUGCGCGGGACACUGUCUCUUGGAACGCGAUUAUCACCGCAAAUGCCCAAAGCGGGCAAAUAUUUGAAGCGCGCAGGGUCUUCGACGAGACGAGGGACAGGAGUGUCGUAACUUGGAACGUGAUGAUUCAUGCAUACGCGCAAGAUGGCGAUUUGGAUCGCGCUAGAGAGAUGUUUGAAUGGAUGCCGGAGAAGGACGCAGCGUCAUGGAAUGGGCUGAUCGAGGGGUACGCGCGGAGUGGCAAUCUGGAGGAGGCGAGAAAAGUGUUCGACGAAAUGCCAGAGAAAUCGACACUGUCAUGGAACACCAUCAUCGCGGCAUACGCACAGCGGCAAGGCUACUUGGAGCAAGCCAAGGAUCUCUUCGAUCGAGCUCCAAAUCCGGACGCUUUCACCUGGAACACGAUGCUCUCGGCGUAUGCCGCAAAUGGCUACCUUUAUGAGGCUUGUAAAAUAUUCGAGGAGAAUCUCAUGGGAGAUCCGGUGUCGUGGAACGCUAUGGUUGCAGCAAAUGCGGAGAAUGGGCAUCUGGAGGAAGCAUGGAGACUCUUCGUUCAGAUGCCGAAACGGGACGAGGUGUCGUGGAACACCGUCGUGUCCGCCUACGGCCAGGACGAGAACAUAAGUCACGCAAGAAAAAUCUUCAAAAAAAUGCCACAGUGGAACACUGUUUCAUUCAAUGGCUUCCUCCAAGGCCUGAGCCAGCAGUGUACCAAAGCAGGCGUCACAGCGAUGGACGAAACGAAGGAAGUCUUCGCUGCAAUGCCCCGCCGGGACGUGAUCUCCUGGACGGUGUUCAUGUCCGCCUUCUUCCACUCCCGUGAUCCCACCCAAGCCGCCAAGAUCUUCGACAAAAUGCCGCUAAGAAGCUCCAUAACCUUCACCGCUAUGAUCACCGGAUAUGCCCAACUCGAGCAUCUGCUGCAAGCUCGCAAAACCUUCGAUCAAAUGCCUCUCAAGAAUACCCACGCCGCCAACGCGAUGCUCCAGGCCUACGCACUAAACGGCCGCAUCGCCGACGCCACCGCAGUCUUCGCCACCAUCCGUGAUCGCGAUACCUUCUCCUGGAACCUCCUCAUCACCGCAAAUGCCCAGGCCGGGGACGUCGCCCACGCUGAGAAGCUCUUCCACUCCAUGCCCCGCCCGGACGUGGUGUCGAGGAACACCAUGAUCAUGGCCUACUCGCAGCAGCCAUCGCUUCUGGAUCGAGCUCGCAGCCUCUUCGACUCCACCGCGAGCAAAAACGUCGUAACUUGGAACUGCAUGCUCGCUGGGUACGUCGAGCACGACCGAGAUGGCGACGCUCUUCGCCUGUUCGCGGCGAUGGAGCAGCAGCAGAGCUAUGGCUGCCGCCCCAACCGCGUCACCUUCGUCAUCGCUCUCGACGCCUGCGCUCGUCUCGCGGCUCUUACUCAAGGCCAGAGGAUCCACUCCACGCUCGCCGCCAUAGACAGCGAGCUUGCAUCCGACGUAGUGCUCAACACCGCUCUCAUCAAUCUCUACGCAAAGUGUGGCCGACUGGAGCAAUCAAAAUCGGUUUUUGAUGCCAUGGCGAGGCACGACACCGUCUCCUGGACUGCCAUGCUCGCGGCGUACGCGCAAAACGGGCACCCCGGGGUGGCGGACGAGCUCUUCCUGGUGAUGUGCCUCGAAGGAGUCGGGCUCGACGACGUGACGCUCGUCAGCUUGCUCGUCGCUUGCAGCCAUGGCGGAACGCUGCGUCGGGGCCGGGAGAGCUUCCUCCUCGCGAGAGGCGAGUUUGGGAUCGUCCCGACGAUGGAGCACUUCCUCUGCAUGGUGGAUCUUCUCGGGAGAGCCGGGCAGACGCAGCAGGCCGAGGAGCUCAUCCAGACCAUGCCUUUCGACACGGACGCCAUCGCCAUGCCGUGGAUGUCGCUGCUGGCGGCUUGCAAGAGUCACCGGGACGAGGAGCGAGGAGCUCGAGCGGCGGAGAGGCUCUUCGUGCUGGAUCCUCACGGUGCAGCUCCGUAUCUCCUCCUGUCGAGCAUCUACGCGGCGAGCGGGAAGAAGGACAAGGUGGCCGAGCUGAGGAAGUUGAUGGAGCUGCGAGGAGUGAAGAAGGAGCCCGGUUACAGUUCCAUCGAGAUUGAUGGAGCUCUCCACGUCUUUGUGGCUGGGGACAAGACGCAUCCUCUCCAGGAUCACAUCCACGCCGAGCUCCAGAUGCUCGAGAGCAAGCUCGGCAUCCAUGGUGUCCAGGAAGAGAUGGUGGCGCACCACAGCGAGAAGCUGGCGAUGGCGUUUGGACUGAUUGCCACACCUCCCAGAACUCCGCUGCUGGUGACCAAAAACCUCAGAGUUUGCGUCGAGUGUCACACCACGAUCAAGCUCGUCUCGAGGAUCGUUGGGAGGAGGAUUGUUGUGCGGGACAGCGCGAGGUUUCAUCACUGCGAGGAUGGUGUUUGCUCCUGUGGUGACUACUGGUGAUCGAGUUCUCUUUUGUUUAUCGGAGCAUGGAAAAGAAACGUCGAUUUAGAGA